UUUAGGUGGCGUCACAGAUUAUCUUUAAUCGAACAAUGGAAUCGUGUUUGUUUAGCACUUACUGCUCGCCUCUUACAUAUUAUGUAUGGGCCAAUGUUUCCUGAACUAAAAAUCAAUGAGGAGGACUCGCAACUGGUAUCUAGCACAAUGUCCAACGAAGCCGUUGCCCAGGCAUGGUACAGGCUUCUACGUACAAUCGGUGAUCCGGUUGAUUUGUGUCGUCCAGCCGUGAUAUCUCAAACACAAGCGUUUUUGAGAUACGCCAUCGCUAGUCCUAAUGUUGUCGAUCCAUGUCAGCAUCCGUGUCUACAGCAAUUACCUUAUAUAUUUCUGAAGGCAAUUAAGGGUAUCGCAGGACAAGUCGAUGCGUUUUUAGGUAUUCCCAAGUCGUCGUUGAUUGGCUUAACGACUAGCAGAGUUACCAGUACACCGUUGAUGAGCUCCAAUUCGGGUCCUUCCUCGACAUCCAGUACAGCCUCGAUGAUGUCGUUAAAUCAAGAUAUCAGACCACCCUUGGCAUCGGGCCGUCCCAAGUGCAAUAGUAUACUCCACUUAUUUGGCGAGUGGCUUUUUGAAGCCGCGUUUGUCGGCACAGAUGGCUGGUCCCAAAAUCUACCCCAAACGAAUAAUGCCCCUAAGCGUCCAUCGUCCGUACUCGUCGAUGGGCCAAGCUCAUUACAAGAGAAUCUUGGAGAAGUUCCGCCGUCGCUUAGUAUUGACCGAUUCGAAUCUGGUAGAGCCGAGGCUAUGGGAACAUUAUGUAGAAUAUUUUGUGCUAAAAAAACUGGAGAGGAAAUUUUGCCGGUAUAUUUAGCAAGGUUUUAUCAAGCCAUGAAUUAUGGAUUAAAAAUAAAUAAAUUUUCCGAAGUGAAGGAGUGUGGCGAAACACUUGCAAGUAUUUUAUCAAACUCUUCGGAUUUGUUUCGUCUCGACUUGGAUGGUGUACAAGUUUUAGUUCCAGCAGUACUAUCGGCAUUAGAAAUUGUACUUCCAGAAAAAGACUUGAGACUCAAAUCAAAUUCAGUAUCAAAAGUAGAAUUAUGCAGAUCUUCUAUUAAUUUAUUAUUAUCUAUGCUGUCAUUGCCAUUACAUUUUCAGAAUCUUCAAAUCAAAGAUAUAUCUACGCCCACUUCGAAUAAUCAAGAAAAAAUUCAAGUUACAUUUGCACAAUUAAAGCCGAAACUUAUGAAUUUGUUAAUAAAUGCAUUGCAGGUUGAAGUUGAUCCACAAAAUACUCACAUGCUUUUAGGUGGCUUAUUACUAAGUGUACAAGAUUCGGCGGCAGCUGAAGAAGCGGAACAAGUUACUCAACCAGAUAGUACAAUAUCAAAUGACACAACAACUAAUUUAUUAUCAUCUGAUUCAGCCCAUGCACUUUUUGUUCGAGCGACAUAUUUAGUCUGUCAUCGAUUAAUUUCCUCUUGGAAAACAGAUCUUAAUAUUUCAUUAGCAGCCCUUGAGAUGCUUUCCGGCUUGGCACGAACACGAAUCCGCGAAACAGACGCACUGGAGUGUAAACGAGCGGUUAAGUGGCUGUGCGAUUAUAUAGCAUAUCAAUGCUGGAGACCUCCUCCGGCACAUUCCAAAGAUCUUCAUUCAACCAUUGUUGCAGCAUUUGCUUGCCUUACAACUUGGUUGACUGCGCAUCCACAGCUCUUGCAGGACAAGGAGUGCUUAGCAACCGUUCUGGAAGUUGUCGAGUUGGGCGUUUCUGGCUCAAAAUCUAUCGGAAAGCCCGGUGAGCCUAUCAAAAUGAAGGACGAGAAGGAGCUUAAACCUGCAUCUAUGCGUGUCAGAGACGCAGCCGAUGCUUUACUUACAAUAAUUCUCGAACAGGUCGGCUAUUUCCCAAGCGUCUGCGGUGCCGAGUCUCUGUCCUCACUCCUGGACGAGGUAUCGCUUCUGCGGCACUGUAACAGCUGGCCCGGCGGUCAAGUACCCCGGGAAACGGCUGUCGAGCGUUUUAGGUAUUUCGUAGCCGAUAAUGCGACGAUGCUUGCUCUAUUGGAGGAGCCGUUGGGCAACGACCAGGACCCCCAGCCCACGGUCACGGUACUUAUUCGCGGACCUUUCGGUCGUCACGCCUGGACGAUGCAGCUGAGGCACCUUCCCAGGCAUCGCUCCGUCGUUAGGAGCGCUAACUCAAAUCCGGGAAGACCGCUGCCCCUCCAGGAGGUACAGCCGCCGGUCGACUACAAACCGAGAUUCUUCCCGGACAAUGUCGACAAAAUACCCCAUUGUAAAGUAGACGAAUCAAUACCGAGUCUUGAAGCAGUGGUGAACGAGAACGAGACGAUGAAAAACGAACAUCAGAUUCUGGAUCAAUUGCUCGACUAUGCAAUUAGCAACGAGACCAAGUUCAAUAAGGAAAACGUCGAUCGAGUCUCGUCGGAAAAAAUAAGCGAGUGCUCUCCUCCCAAGAUCUGCCACGAAUUCCAAACGGCACGACUCUUUCUCAGUCACUUUGGCUUUCUGAAACUCGGGCCAGGAACGCAAAACGAUAUGAAUGCCAGCGGUGGAGGACUUAUAGCGCUCGAUCCUACGAUAACUGGAUUUGCUUCGGAUUUGGCGAACUUGGACCACAUUAGUGCAAGAACCUGCGACACGGUUCACAUUUUCUACGUUAAAUCCGGCCAAGCGACUCCAGGAACGAUACUUUCUAACGUGUUGCAUGAGAGUUGCGUAUCGCCAAAUUUUCUGGAGUUCCUCGUAUCUCUGGGCUGGCCAGUGUCGGUAUCGUCGCACGCUGGCUGGACCGGGCACGUCGAGACUUCCUGGCGCUCGACGUCCGCCAGAACCUCGAGUCCUCCCCAAGCCGAGGAAGCCGAUCACGGUGGCUCCCUUUACGACGGUAGCAGUCACGUGCUGUAUUGGGCGGAUGUGAGCUCGGAGGUGGCCUUCGUCGUGCCAACUCCGUCAGCCAACGUAAUCCCAGAGCCAGUCACCGAAAGCCAUUACACCCAAUCUAAUAGCGUUUGGUUCGAGAGAUGCGUCGGCUCAAGCAAUACGCUUGCCUUUUCAAAUUCGUCGACGCUAAUCGGUCAGCCUCGCGCGAUGUCCUUAGAUUUAGAGAAACAGUCGGCUAAUAUGGCAUCACCGCCGAUUGGAAUGCAACAAAACGAGCCGACAAAGCCUCGAAGAGUGACGAAGCACCUAUUCCCUGCCCAGACUGAUACAAAAAUCAUGGUCGUGUGGCUGGAGAGUCUGGAAGAUUCUGCCCAAUUUCCUAUAUCGGCAUUGUUGCCACACACACACACGGGCCUCGAUCAUUCGCGGACUCUGCAGUCCACGGACGUGCACGUGAUAUUUCUUCAGGCUCUCGCCAGCGGACUCAUGAGGGUCAAACUCCAGGGACCGACCUCGAGGAUGAACCUCGCCACGCCGCUGAUCGACGGGAUGGUCGUAUCGCGCCGAGCCCUGGGAUCUUUGGUGCGACAGACAGCUCUUAACAUCGGUCGGAGAAAACGACUGGAUAACGACAGUUAUCAUCCUCCACACGUUCGAAGGCGUUUAAAAAUUCAAGAUAUGGUCCAAAAGUACAAGCGAAAUUUACAACAACCAGAAUUGUUAACUUUAUUGUUUAAUAACACUCAAUUAGCAGAAUAUAUUGAACAAUACUUCCAAAUUUCAUGGUUACUACAAGUAUUUGUGAAUAUGCUCAUUUUAAGUGUUUGUGGAUCACGAAUGCCGCAUGCCUUGGCAUCAAUUUUCCUCAAAUGCAAGAAAGUUGCUGAUCUUAUUACUCGUAAGAAGCUCAAAACCAUGCAUAAUUACAAUGGGUACAAUGCUAACUUUGAACUUCGAGAGUUAUCGCAUGCUUAUUCAAAUGUCUAUAUCAUACUUCACUAUGAUUAUAUCAACACAGUCCAAAUGAUUGCAAAUUCUAAAAAACAUAAAUCAGUUAUUUUAAUUAAACUGCAAGAUAAUAUAGCUUAA